UGCUGUAAAAGGGAUCCCAAGUCUCAUCUUUGUCCUGGGCCCAGCUGAUUGCAGAGCUGGCAGUGGGAGAGGUUCCUAGAAGGUAAGACCCACACUGGUGGCAGUCAGGUCCCUGCCUAAGGGUUGCAGGCUGAACAAGGGGGCUAUGCCUGAGAGUCAGCGGGGAAGUGGGGUGCAUGGGUCUCCUUGCAGGGACUGAGCCCACAAAUGCUGGGGUAAGUUGAGAGAGAGACAGAGACAGAGACAGGGCAGGGGCAGAGACAGAGACAGAGAGAGAUAAGCACAGGAGGAGGCAGCGUACAUGCCCAGACAGGACAGAGAGGGUCAUAGACACAGCCAGACAGAUGACAGACAGACAGACUUGCAGCGAGGGCAGCCCAGUUGCAGAUCUGCACUGCCCUCCCACAAGCACACUCUCCUCAGGAGAUCCCACCGCUUCCUCGGGUCGCCCGAGCCGCAGCCAUCGCAUCCCACCUGUAUAGCAACCUCUGCUUCCAGCAGAGCCACAGCCCAACCUGGGCUGACAGCUCAGGGCUGAGCAUUUGCCUGCACCCGCAAGGCCCUGGGCUCAAACUUGACCACACGAGAAAGAACAUACAGCCACCCUGCUGGAGUGGCUUCCUGCAGACAUCUGAGUAGGUAGGGGAGCUGAGUGCCUUUGGGGAGGCAGGCUGGGGAACCCCAGGGUUUGGAGUCACAGCCAGGCGAGGGCCCUGGACAGGGGUGUGGCCCAUGCUCCAGGUUCCUGGAGACCUUGAAGCAUAGGAUGACUGCUGGGACCACGAGGGAAAGGACUUCCCUGCCUGCACCUGGCCACUGCUCUCCUGUACCCCUGGGAGCCUCUGCCCAGCACAGCCUGCCCGAGGCUGAGCCCUGCGGACCCCUCUGCGUGGGGCAAGUCCCGCAUGGGGCCCAGCCCUGCCUCCCCCAGUGUGAAAGAAGAAGUCAGGCAGCUCGGAGGACACAUGUGUUUCCUGAGCUUUCUCCCCUGUGGCUGUCACUAGCCUGGCCCCAGGUGUCCUCCCUGGCAUCCAUCACAGGCGGGUAGACCCAAGGCCAAAGGCUCCCAGGAGUACAUGACCCUUUGGAGCAGAGAUGCUGCUGCUGGCCCUGCUGCUGCCCCUGCUGUGGGCAGGGUCCUUGCAGGAGGAAUCAAGCUACUGGCUGCUGGUGCAGGAGUCGGUGAAGGUGCCGGAGACCCUGUGUGUCCUGGUGCCCUGCUUCUUCUCCUACCCCCAGGAUGGCUGGAACCCCUCUACCCCGCCUUAUGGCUACUGGUACCGGCAGAGGAACACUCACAGAGUCGACCACAAAACCGAUGAACUUGUGGCCACGAAUGACCCCAGCAAGAAAGGUGCAGUGACAAAGAAACAUCAUUUCCAGCUCCUCGGGGAUCCUGGGGAUCACAACUGCUCCCUGAGGAUCGAAGGUGCCCAGAGGGGGCUCAGUGGGCCUUACUAUUUUCGAGUAGAGCGAGGAACAAUGCAGUACAAUUAUGUGACUCGGAUGCUCACCGUGACUGUCACAGAGCUGACACAGACCCCAGACAUCCACAUCCCAGAGCCCCUGGUGUCUGGUCAAAUUGGCCACCUGGUGUGCUCCAUGCCUGAGACCUGCAGUGGGACCAUGAGGCCCAGGUUCUCCUGGACUGGGGCUGCCCUGACAUCACUGGGAUGGAGAUUUAGCUGGCAAACUACCCCAGAGAUCCAGCUCAGGCCCCGCCCUCAGGACCAUGGCACCACUCUCACCUGUCAGGUGACAUUUCCCACAAUUCAUGUGACCAAGGAGAGGACCGUCAAGCUCAGCGUGUCCUAUCCUCCUCAGGGCCCGACCCUACGCCUUUCUGGAGCAGGUGGCACAGGCCUGGACUACAAGGGAAAUAGAUCCUAUCUGCAAGUCCGGAAAGACCAGUUUCUGCGGCUCCUCUGUGCUGCUGACAGCCAGCCCCCUGCCACUCUGACUUGGGAAUUGGGGAGCAGAGUGCUCUCUUGGUCCCCUCCCUCAGAAUCCAGACCCCUAAAGUUGGAGAUGCCCAGGGUGAAGCCUGGGGACGCGGGGCGCUACACCUGCCGAGCACAGAAUGAGCUGGGCUCCCAGCGUGGCACCCUGCAUCUCUCAGUGCAGUAUCCUCCUGAAGACCUGAGAGUGACAGUGUCCCAAGCAGACAGCACAGUCCUGGAAAUCCUCAAGAACGGCACAUCCCUGCCUGUCCUGGAGGGCCAGAGCCUGCGCCUGGUGUGUGUUGCCCACAGCAACCCCCCAGCCAGGCUGAGCUGGGCCUGGGGGACACAGACCCUGAAUUCUUCAAGGCUCUCAGCCUCUGGGGUCCUGGAGCUUCCCCAGGUACAGAUGAAGCAUGAAGGAGAUGUCACCUGCCACACAGAGAACCCACUGGGCACCCGCAGUGUCUCUCUGAGCCUCUCUGUGCACGCCCCCCAGCUGCUGGGGCCCUGGUGCUCCCAGGAGGCUGAGGGUCUGGGCUGCCAGUGCUCCUCCCGUGCCCGGCCUGCUCCUUCCCUGAGCUGGCGGCUCGGGGAGAUGCUGCUGGAGGGGAACAGCAGCAACGCCUCCCUCACGGUCUCCACCAUCUCUGCCGGGCCCUGGGCCAACAGCUCCCUGAGCCUCCACGGCGGGCUGAGCCCUGGCCUCAGGCUCAGCUGCGAGGCACAGAAUGUGCACAGGGUCCAGAGCGCCACUGUCCUGCUGCUCCCAGGACACCCAGGACGUGGGGCAGGAUUCCCACAGGGGACCAUGCUAGGAGCUGGCAUCACUGCCGGGCUCUCUCUCUGUGCCUGCUUCAUCUUUUCCAGGAUGAAGACUCGCAGGCAGCAAGACAGCAGGAUGGCCGCUGCGAGGAAGGGCGCACCGCCUGGCCCUGCUUCUGUCUCCAAGGGUCACAGCCAGGACAAGUGUCCAGGCAACUUGGACAGCCCAGCCCCUUCUGCAGGUGUGAGCAUCCCCGGCAAGGAGCAGGAGCCUCACUACAGCACCCUCAGCUUCCAGGAGGACCCCAGCACCUCGGAGUACUCAGAGCUCAGGCUCUGGACUUAUAGACUUGGGGGUCUUCAGGACCACCCUCAUUCUACCCCCACCUACAAGAUCCAGAUUCCUGAGGCCACACUUGGGUUUGGUGACCUGGGUCACCUGAGUACAUCUGGGUCAGACCACCUGUCACCUGCUAGGUCCACCGUGGAGGAGGAGCAGGAGCUUCACUACGCCUCCAUCAGCUUCCUGGAACUGAGGCCUCAGGUGUCUCAGAAACCGAAGGACUCCAGCACCACGGGAUACACAGAGAGCAGGAUCCGGAAGUGACACACGCCAGGCUCCCAAGACUCCUCAGGAAGGAUUCCCAGGCCAGCUGACCUCCAUGUGAAUAGAACGGGAGUAUCCCCCACACCCUGACUGCAGAACUGGGUGCACACUUUGAGCAAGUAACUUUCUACGCUGUCUCCUCUGUCAAUGACACAACAGACUGACUCACAGGGCUGUCAUGGGCACGAGGGAAGCAAUUCCCAUGAAACAUCCAGAGCUCUGCAUGCAGAAAGCUCCUCGCCAGCAGCCUCCUGCCAGGGACACACAGCAGGUGUUGAACUCCCAGACCUGACCACUGUGUCCCAACCGGGGCUCCUUGGGGGCUGCUUCUGCUGCCUAAUCCUGCAGACCAUCCUGAGGCUGUCAUUGGACUGCAAGGUCAUUUCUCCCUCUGUCACCCCUCCCUUUCCACCUCCAUCCUCAGGUGUGGAUCCCUGAGUGCCAUCUUGCUCUCUGCUCCACACCCACAGGGGAGUCUCCAACCCAGGGCUGCAUCCUGGGUUUGACCUGUGUGUUUCAGUCGUUGUUUGGUUGAAAAGA